AUAGGAGAAAAGAAAGGAAAACACAGAAACAACACGUCAGUAGAGCUAAGAGGAGACCAAAUUAUGUUAUGGAGCUGAUGUGUCCUUUCUGCAGAGAUAACUGAAGUGUCAAGAUAAGAUGAGGCAUCUGUGACACGCUGCCAUGACAGACAGAGCUCGGACCAGGGAGAGAUGGGUGGAACGGCAGCAGGGGAUGCAUAAGAGGAAGAAGGAUUAGGUCUCAAGGAACUUCAGAAAAAUCUCUUCAGAUACUGGAUGAAAUAAGCAGGAUGGGUACAUUUGUGACCCUGACUGAAGUGUUGGAGGCUCGGGGUUCACCACUGGAUGAGGAUGAGGUCUGGUGUCUCCUGCUGGCCAGCACUGAGGCCUUACUGGACAUUUCAAAAGAAGGUUCAGGUAACAUGUGCAGUGUGCUGAGUCCGGGCUCAGUGCUACUCUCAGCCAAUGGGAGUCUGGCCUUCAAAAGCUGUGCCCGGUAUGAAGACGUGGCCUCCUUCACAGCUCCUGAAGCUCAGGGUCACACGUCCUCCUCCAGGACCGCAGUUGAAAAGAUGGUUGUGUACUCACUGGGGAUGACUCUUUACUGGUGUGUUGAUUAUCAUCUUCCACCAAACCAGCCUGUCCAGCUGAGUGCAGAGCUGGAGGGUCUGCUACUGAGCAUGUGCGAGGACGUGGAGGUUCGGAGGAACGACCUGCUGACGGUGCUGGAGACCUGUGAGCUUCACCAUAAGGUCGCGAUGCUGCCUCCUGCUGAACAGCUGGUCAGGCAGCUGGUGGAAGAUGUCUACAGAAACUCAGUCGAUCAUGUGUCCAUGUCUGAAAAUGGAUCGCCCAUCACAGACCGCAGUCAAAUCGUCAGGGACAGAUUACACGGAGGUUCAUUUAGUAACUCGACAUGGGCUUCGAAGAGGAUCUCUAGAACAUUCUCAGGAGCAUCUUAUGCAUGCGAGCCCAUACGGACUCCCUCAGCAAGUCGACACAGAGAGAGUUAUAGCAGCUGGCAGCAACUGAACCGCAGCCCCAGUUCUUUCCAGGAUGGCAAUCGAAACUCCAACUCAAGAUCGCUCACACAGUUCGGUUCCACGGUGACUCUGAGUGACAAGAAAGCAAAAGACAUGGGUCCAGAGUUUAUAAAGAUGUUAGACGAGCCACCAGUUACCAUAGAGCUGCCUGGAUCCAUUGUGUCAAAGAAAGGAAAAUCUCCAACCACUCAGAGGGAGCUGACUGUGGUGAUGCCAAACGGUCAGAGCAUCCUGGUCAAGUGUGAGGUGAAGUCCAGGGGAGGGGACGUCUUUGACAUGAUCGUGGCUCACGCAAACCUAAUGGAACACUUCUACUUUGGCCUUGCUUAUAUUGACGAUAACGAGUUCUUCUUCGUGGACAAUGACACAAAGAUUUCCAAAGUUGCUCCAGAUAGCUGGAAGAAAGUGCCUACAACCACCUUUGUCCUUUUCCUCAGGAUCAAAUUCUUUGUCAAUGAUAUUUCUCUUCUUUUGCACAAACAGACCCAUCACCAGUUUUACCUUCAGCUCAGGAGAGACAUUUUAGAGGACAGACUGUCCUGCCAUGAGGAGACCGCUCUGUACCUGGGAGCGCUGGCUCUGCAGACGGAGUACGGAGACACAAUGCCUGAGGUGUAUGGUAGAAACUACUACCGCCCUGACCAGUAUGUCUCCAAGAGUGUGAUGGAGAAACGUGCCUUGCCGUAUAUUCAGGGGGAGCUGAUACGACUUCACACCGACAACAGUCAGAUGCUGCCCGACGAAUCAGAGCUCGAGUUCCUUAAGGUGUGUCAGCAGUUGCCUGAGUACGGCGUGUUUUUCCACCGUGUGUUGCGUGAGAAAAAGCCUUCAGAAGUGGAGAUUAUCCUCGGUGUCUGUGCCAAAGGAGUCACCAUCUACGAGGUUAAAGAUGGCUGCCGGUCAACCAGCCAGAAUUUCUUCUGGAGGGAGACAGCUACAAUCUCAUCAAGUCGUCGUAAAUUUAUUUUAGAGGGCCGGGGCAGCAAUAAGAAGUACACUUUCAUCACAGAGAGGUCAAAGAUUGCCAAAUAUUUGUGUAACCUCUGUUCAGCCCAACACAAGUUCAACAAUGAGAUGAACUCUCGCCAGCUCAGCCACAGCAUGGUCUCAGAGGAUAACAUCGUUCAGUAUGCUGCAGUGUGUCGGGCUCAGAGUGGCCGGCUCAAGUCCUUCUCUUGUUCAGAGCCGCUUCAGGACGACAGUGGUCUGACCACGCCUCAGGAUGAUUCAGUGACCAAGCUGUGUGAUGAUGUUGCAGCGAGGAUCGAGGCCCGCAUCAAACAGCAGCGCCAGAGCCUCAAUGAACAGAGCACCUGGUCCAGCAGCCAGCGCGGCAGCCUUGCUAUGCGUUCCCCAUCCUGCUCUCAGAAGAGCGGAUCUGAGGCACCUUCAGGCUCCCCAGCAGCCAGAGAAACCCCAACAAAACUCGGGUCAUCAUCAGAGAGAGAAGUCAUUUGUGUUUCUCUGAGGAAAGAUCCAAAGCUCGGCCUUGGUAUAGUCAUAGUGGGAGAGGACACUGUGGGGCACUAUGACUUGGGGAUCUUUGUUGCCUCCCUUGUGCCUGGUGGACCCGCUGAUAAGGACGGACGCAUCAGACUAGGUGGUCGACUGAUCUCUCUGAACCACAUCAGCCUGGAGGGCGUCACCUUCAACGAAGCAGCAGAGGUCAUGCAGAGCAGCCCUGAGGAGGUGCAGCUCAUUAUCUCACAGCCAAAAGUCCGUGUCAGCCCCAUCGUUGUGCGUUCUUCAGCGCUAAGGAACUACGAGUCCAACAGUACACCGAUGACAGACGGGCAGUUAGGUGAUGAUAGUCUGGACGAGAUUGUUUCAGUCAUGAUGACACCAAAGACAGGCAACAGGCUUUCUGUCCCCCGAGAAGUACGAGUCAGCGGUGCACAGGACAGCCCCAUGAAUUGUGGGAGGACGGAGAUCACUGUGGAGCUCAGAAAGAUAUCGGGAAGUCUGGGCAUCAGCAUCUCUGGUGGCGCCAACACUAAUCUACAAGGGAUCUACAUCAGAAGCCUUGUUCCCGGAGGGGCUGCUGAAAGGGAUGGACGCGUACAUACAGGUGACAGACUGCUGGAGGUGGAUGGGAUUAGCUUCCAGGGCUUCACCCACCAACAGGCUGUGAGCUGCCUGAGCAAAACGAUGGAGGUGGUAACCUUGACGGUGGAGCGGCAGUCCAUGAACGUACCAAGGGUUUCUCUAGACACCUGCAGCAUUGGAUCCAAUCACAGCAUCCGUCCAGCCAGACUAAGAUUCAGCAGCUGCUCAACGAUCAGUCCUCCUCCAAACAUGAACUCAGACCAGCCCAGGGUUUACGGCUUUGUAAAUGACGACAACACUCAGGAAGUGACUCUGACUAAGAAUGCAAACGGCCUGGGCUUCAGGUUUCUGAUGUGUGAGCUGGAUCCACCCAUGCGAGACUUUAGCAGUCUGGUCCGGAUUAAAGAGCUUUUCCCCGACCAACCAGCCCAGCAGAGCGGCAGGAUCCAGGAGGGAGACGUCCUGUUGGCCAUCAAUGGCGAGUCACUCAAGGAGAUGUCCUAUCCUAAGGUGCUAAAGCUGUUCAAGAAUUCACCUCCUGACGUUCGACUGACUCUCUGUCGGCCCUCACCAGGAAUCCUUCCAUCCAUUGAUCAGUUUAAUGGCACAUGAACGACGUCACUGUGUUGCACAGCGCCAGAAUUGACAGACGUUUGGAAGCAACUCUGUGCUCCUUGAUCAACCGGGACGUGGUGACGGAGGUCGAGGGCAGAUUUAAAUGAUAUUAUUGAUAGACUCCAACCCUGCAGAAAGGCCUGCUGAAGAAAGAGUGACGGAGGAGAGCAGAGAGGUUGGUGGCUGGAUGUGGAAGAAUGUGUGCAGGAAAUUCUAAAGAGGCCUUUUGUUGACGCCAAGAGAAGAGGACGACUGAAAUAAACGGUUACGCAGCUGAUGGUGUAAAGAGUGUAGAGGACAUCAAAACUCAAGAAGAUGUUUCAUUUUUAAAUUUAAAAAACAAGUUAUUUUGAAUUCUUAAUCAUUAAAAGUAAUUGGCCCCUCUUUCAAAUGUUCUGUGUUUGCAACUUCUCACAAAAACAAAAGCCAUUAAAGUACAAGCUGAAUAUGAACGAGCCAUCCCCAAACUCUCUUUUAGUAUCUGGACAAACCAGGCAGCACACACACACACACACACACACACACACACACACACACACACACUCUCACACACUCUCACACACUCUCACACACACACACACACACACACACACACACUCUCUCACACACACACACACACACACACACACACACACACACACACACACACACACACUCUCACACACACACACACACACACACACACACACUCUCACACACACACACACACACACACACACACACACACACACACACACACACACACACACUCUCACACACACAUGGGUAAGGAGCCAGUAAUGGUCCCUCGUAAAUAAGGGUUCCUGUAUUUUGGUGAAACCCAGUAGUGCAUCUGGAUCCCAUCACAGCUCGUGUUCCCUUUGCAAAUGAUCCCAAAUGUUUCUAAUUAUGCCAGUGGAGUCGGCACGAGGCUGUGUGAGCUCUUGUGUGUGUGUGUGUGUGUGUGUGUGUGUGUGUGUCCGCUCUGACGGACACGCACACCCACACACUGGCCUCUGUUUAUUCAUGAACGGAGUAACAGAGAUGGACAGCGUGGGGUCGACCUCGGUAGCCUACGCUUAGGUCACUGCACGUGGUGAUGACUGAUGAGUGAAAGAUGGGGUGGAGGAGGAGAUCUCCACUAGUUUUGUCUGCUGACAUCACUGUCUCCGUGCUGCUCUCGAGUGAUUUCUAACCUUUG